GCAGACUAGGCCAGAUGUCACCACCUGCGCGCCCAGUGAAGCACAGAGGGGGGUUUUCGGGGUGAGGAGAGGCUGCUCUCUCAGCCUGGCGGGACAAGCGAAGGGCCUUUUGCACAAACAAGGCCGGGGCUCCAGAGUUCCUGGACGUGCCUCCUCCCGCGCACCCCGAGAGCAAGCAGAAGCUGCAGGUGUACAGAGCUGUCCAGUUUUGCCAACACCAGCUGUUGAAGAGGCUGUCAUUUCCCCACUGUAUGAGAACAUUUCAAAGGAAGAAUAGGACAAGUGCUGAGAAGAUGAGUAUCAAGACUGAUUUGGAAACGAACUUUGCUGAGUAUGUUUUAAAUGCAGGAAAAGUCAUCCUUGGAAAUAAGCAAAGGAAUGAAAUGGACCCUCAACUAGAGAAGAAACAGAAUGACAUCAUCUUGCAUGCAAUAUGUGCUCUGCUGAAUUCUGGUGGGGGAGUGGUCAAGGCUGAGAUUGAGAACAAAGAUUACAGUUAUGAAAUUCAUGGAGUAGGACUGAAUCUACCUUCAAUUUUCAAAGGCUAUUUAGAUGAGAUGCAACAGGGAGACCUCUUUCUUAUUUUUGUGAAAUCAUGGAAUGCAAAGGCCUCCAGUGUGCGACUGGCUACCUUAUGCUCCAAUUUAUACCACAGACAAAGAACAUCUACUGAUGUCAUGAAUUCUCAGGAAUCACUGGUAUUCCUCAAAGAGAAGCCUCAGACUCUUAUGAAUAUCAAUUAUGCCAAUUCAUUAAGUCCACAGGAAGUUCAGGUUGGUGUACAAAAUGAAGAUAACAUAAAGGCUUCAGCUGCUACUUUAUUUGAUAGGGAUCACCUUCAGUACCUGGAAAAGGUCAACUUUACUAAGUCCACACAUGUUGAAUUUAAAAUGUUCUCAACAAGAGUGUCACAAUGCUUUGAGGAGAGUCUCCCCACCUGUGUUUCGGCAUUUGCAAACACUGAAGGAGGGUAUAUAUUUUUUGGUGUGGAUGAUGAGACCCAUCAAGUCAUUGGAUGUAAAAUACAGAAAACAGAUCUUAACUCUGUGAAGAUUUCUAUUGAUUGUUGUAUUCGGAAGUUACCUGUCCAUCAUUUCUGUACACAAAGGAGUGAGAUAAAAUAUGCCAUCAAAUUUCUUGAAGUACGCAGUCAGGGAGCCUUCCACGGAUAUAUCUGUGCAGUCAAGGUGGAGCCAUUCUGCUGUGCAGUGUUUGCUGACGUGCCCAGUUCCUGGCAGGUGAAGGACAAUCGUGUGAGACAGCUGGCCACAAAGGAAUGGGUAGCUUGGAUGAUGGAAGCAGACCCAGAUCUUUCUAGACUUUCUGAGAUGGUCCUUGCACUGAGUUUGUCAUCCACUACACCCUGUGGCAGGACUGUGUGCACUCCCAAGAAUUUUGAAUGUUUGGAAGAACAGCAAAAGCGUUACUUUCCAGUAUCAUCAGACAGAGUGGUGUAUAUUCCAGAAAGCCUCUAUAAGGAACUGUUCUCACAAUAUAAAGGACUCAGAGACCUCAUAAGUAAGGAAAUGUGCUCUGUCUCUCAAGGAAUAUUAAUUUUUUCUCGAAGCUGGGCUGUGGACUUGGGUCUGCAAGAGAAGCAAGGAGUGAUCUGUGAUGCUCUUCUACUCUCUCAGAACAACAUCCCACUCCUCUACACCAUCCUCUGGGAGGGGAACGUGGACUGGAAGGACUAUUCGAUGAGAGUCGCCCACUUCUUAAAGCAGAAACUGGUGAACACAGGUGGCUACACUGGGAGAUUGUGCAUCACUCCUUCAGUCUUCCUGCUAAAUCCCGAUAAAACAGCAAAGGCCUUUCAUGGUUCAGAUUUGCCAAUUUAUCCCACAUCCUACAAACUUAUGACCACCCAGCACUUGGAAGCUCUGUUACAGUCCCUUGUCAUAGUCCUGCUAGGAUUCAGAUCUUUCUUAAGUGAAGAGCUGGGCACUGAAGUUUUGAACCUACUCACAGAUAAACAGUAUGAGUUGAUUUCAAAGAACCUUCACACGACCAGAAAGCUAUUUGUCCAUGGCUUACCUGGAUCAGGGAAGACCAUCCUGGCUCUUAGGAUCAUGGAGAAGAUCAGAUAUGUGUUUAACUGUCAACCAGGUGACAUUCUUUACGUCUGUGAGAACCAGCCCCUGAGGGAGUUUGUAAGCAAGAAAGGUAUCUGCCAGGCAGUGACCCGGAAAACCUUCAUGAAAAAAGAUUUUGAAGAUACUCAACAUAUCAUCAUUGAUGAAGCUCAGAAUUUCCGCAGUGAAGAUGGGGACUGGUAUACCAAGGCAAAAAACAUCACUCAGAGAGAAAAGGAUUGCCCAGGAAUUCUCUGGAUCUUUCUGGACUACUUUCAGACCAGCCACUUGAGUUACACAGGCCUCCCCACUCUGUCAGCCCAGUAUCCAAGAGAAGAGCUGACCAGAGUCAUGCGCAAUGCAGAUCCAAUAGCCAGCUACCUACAAGAAGUGAUGCAGGUGGUCAGAGAAAAUCCUCCACCUAACAUCCCCCCUGGGUCUCUGGAGAUAGUCCAUCAAGCUAAAUGGGCUCAGGGUGUUCCAGGCAAUUUUAAGAUUACGGAGUACUUGGACAUGGAGGAGAUGGUGGUCCAGCUAGCAGAGAAUUGCUGGUGUCUCUUGAGGAAUGGUUAUUCCCCCCAGGAUAUUGCUGUGCUUUUUAGCAAAGCAAGUGAAGUUGAGAAAUACAAAAAGGAGCUUCUAAGAGCAAUGAGGAAGAGAAAAAUACAUCAGCUCAGUGAGGAUUCUGAUCUGUUAGUACAAUUCGGUGAUGCAUUGGAUAUCACGAGCAAUCACAUUGUGUUGGACAGUGUCCGCCGAUUUUCAGGCCUGGAAAGAAACAUUGUGUUUGGGAUCAAUCCAACAGCAGGUGAACCAGCUGUUUUCCACAAUCUUAUGCUCUGUCUGGCUUCCAGGGCGAAGAAACAUCUGUAUAUUCUGAAAGUUUCUGGCAAAAAAUCCUAAUCCAAAACAGUUAGGAAUUUCACCUAUAGUUAACUAUGAAACUAUUUGAUCUAAAAAUUUAAUCAUCAAAUAAAUACUUAAUGAGGAUUCACUGUGAACCAUACACUCUUCUAGGUACUAGGGGCUGAGGAUUGGGUAGAAAACAAGAUAGACAAGAUUCCUUCUUUGGGAUAGACACAAAUCACAGAUAAGUAAACAAGUGUAAGAAAUUUCUGAUAGUAAUAAAGGACACCAGAGUAAUCAGAGGGCCCUGAGAUGCAUAGAUUUUUUUUUUUUUUUUUUUUUUUUUGUGUGUGUGUGUAGAUAGGUAGACAGAAGGAGGUUUGGUUGUUCAGGGUGGUCAGGGAGCAGUCAGUGAGGGAAGAAGUCAUGACAAGAUGUAUGAGCUGAUGGGCCAGGUAGACUCAGGUAUUUUCACUUUUAUUAACACAGCCAUGACACAGAAAUGCUUGCAUGUAAUGUGCGGGGAGAGUGUGAAGGAUGGAGAGGGGUAGCAUGACUGACCUUCUAUGGACUAGGAAUGAAUGUAGCAUGUUUCAAAAUGUAAGGUAGGAAGGUACAAAUCAUAAUUUUCUGUAAGAACACAUCGCACUAUUUUAUUAUUUUUCAUUUAUUUAAAUGGUGUUCAUAGUUUUGAUCGCUGUCUUUAAAAUUCUUCCUGUGUGCCUUUUGGUUAUUUCGGAUCUUGGCUUUUUGGCUCUGUUUUAAUAUUCCUGUGGAGAAUCUUAGGUUAGUAUAUGAAGGUAAGAUUGCCUCAGUUCCCCUGAGAUAAUACUGUGUUUUACUUGUUAAUUUUAAAAUGAAAGGGUUUCUGAUGAAUGUACUGGACUCAAAGGUUACAUUUUGUUUUUCAUUAAUUUAAUAACCAAUGAAAUGAUAAAGUAAUUCCAGUAUUUUUGUCCUGCCAAGUCUUCAGGAUUUCAGCUAGUCUCUCAAUGGCUAUUGCUACGAAAGUGCAAAUUCCUUGUGUGCCAAAGUUCUCUCAGAAAUUCUCCCAAUAUCUGAAGCUAAACAAAUCCAUUUUUUCUGAGAGACAUAAACUACAAAACUCAAAAACUUAAUUCUCUGUUAAACAUAGAAAGACCCUGCUAUAUUUUAACAAUCCAAGCAAAAAUAUCCAAUUAUCUUUGAAUGAUCAUUCUGGCUUCUGAUUUCUCUGGAGCAAUAUUCAAGAAGACAGUGGGUAUAUUUUUAUUUUAAGUUUCAGUUUCCUUUUAAUCCAAUCUGGCAAUCCCUACCUUUUAAUUCAGGUAUUUAAACUAUUUGCUUUUUUAACUUUUGAUUUUGCAAUACUUAGAAAUUCAUAGGAAGUUGGGAAGGUAAUGCAGACCACUACCCUGUGUCCUUCACCUAAUGUUAAUGUGAUUAUUGUUAUGUUUGGGUUUCAAUCUACCCUAUUGCUAUUUUUUUCUGUUUUCCCAUUUAUUCUUUGUUGCCCCUUUCCUUCUUUUUCUGCAUCCUUUUGACUUGAUUGUGCAUUUAUAAACAAUUAUGUCAUAUGUCCUUUAUUGGCUUAUUAGUUAUAACUCUUUGCUUUGUUAUUUUAAUGAUAGCUCUAGGGUCUAUGAUAUAUCUUUAAGCUGUCACAGCCUGUCUUCAAGUGAUAAAAUACCAGUAAGAAUACUUUCAUUUCUUCUUUCCAAGCUUUGUGCUACUGUUUAUUCUUGGUUUAAGUAAUUUAUGAUAUUUGGUAACUAAAAAAGUUUAUUGUGCUUGAGGUUUGUAGAGAGCUCCUUGGAUCCAUUGAUUGAUAAUUUUCAUCAAAGUUGGAAAAAUUUCAGCCAUUAUUUUUUCUAAUAUAUUUUCUAUACCCCUUCCUCUCCUCAGGCACUGCAAUUAUAUGUAUAUUAGGCAUAUGACUUUGUUCCACAGCUCACUGGUACUGUGCUUUAAAUUUUUCUGUGUUUUAUAUCAGGUGGUUUCUGUUGCUGUGUCCUCAAGUCCACUAAUAUUUUCUUCUCCAUGCAAUGUCUAAGAUGCCAUUAAUCCCAUUCAGUGCAUUUUUCAUCUCAGACAUUUUUGCAUCUUCUAAUAUUUUUCUAGAAGCUUGAUUUCGAUCCUUUUGUAAUACUUUCCAUGUUUCUAUUUAACACAUUCAAUCUUCUAGCUUCUCGAAUAUAGAGAAUACAGUUAUAACAUCUAUUUUAAUGUUGUGGUCUAAUAAUGAUAUUAUCUGUGCUAAUUUUGAGUCAAUGACAAACAUGUAACAUAUUAUAGUAAAGAUUCAGGACAUAAAAGAUUUCUUUAAUCCAAAAGAGAGAAAAAGUAUAGAUAAUCUACAAAGAGAUUGAAUGUAUUUUAUAAAACCUUUUCAUUAGUAAGAUUGGAUGCAUGAGGAAUAUGGGCAAUAUGUUCAAAUGCUGUGGACAAACAAGUUUGAAUCUAGAUAUCUCUUCCAAAUCAAACUCUUGUUCAGAGUUGAGGGCACAAUAAAAUUUCAGGCUUGCAA